AGGAGGGCAAGCAUGUCGCAUUUGACACGACGAAGACGGCAAGAGUCGCAGGCAACAUUCUGGCCUGUGGAGGUCAGCACCGCCUUGAAGAAAGGAAGGGGUGGAGGUAACGAUGCCGGCAAGGCAAGGGUGAUAUCACUCACGACGCUUCUUCUUCUCCGGGGGAUUUGAGGCCUGUCCGUGUUUUGGACUUGGCGGCAUGAUGUGUGAGUUGAGGGGAGAUGGUGGAAGAGUAGAUGAG